GCGAGGCGCGGAGGGGCGUGCGGGAAGGCGUGCGGCCGCGGCGAGAAUCUGCGCUCCGGCUCACCGGCGCGGGCCCGCGCGCACAGGUCAGCUACUCCAGAGUCUCGGAGUGGCAGCGCCAGGGAGAGGCAGAGUUGGGCACAUGACCUCCUUUGCCAGGCAGGAGGCCACCUUCCCAGCUGACCCUACCUGCUUGGAGGGUCCCUUACUCCAGGGCAGGAAGUGCAAAGGCUCGAGCCCACCUGUCCUUCAGGAGGACCCAUCGGCAGGGCCCUGAGCCCACACACGGGCAUGUGCAGCCCCCAGGAGGCGGCCCUGCUGCAGCUGGAGGAAGUCUUCUCGGCCACCCUCGCCCGGAUCAGCGACCGAGUUCUCCAGCCGCUGCUCACGGCCGAGCCCUCGGACCCCCAGGGCAGAGAGUGCCUGCGGCUCCUGCAGCAACUGCACGGGUGCGCCCAGCAGCUGUGGGAGGUGACGGAGAGGAGCCUGCGUGCACUGCGGGAGCGGCUGGGCCACCCGGAUGCCAUCGGCCUCGAGUCCCUGCUGCUGCUGCGGGAAGCCGAUCAUGUCCUGCAGGUCCACAUGGAGUACAUCGAGUCCUACACGAGCUGUGUGGUGGCGCAGGCCUUUCAGAAGGCAGCGAAGCAGAGGAGCAGGUACUGGCGGGACCAGCGGAAGGACCUGCGGCAGCUCCUGUGGGGCGUGAGUCCCAAGGGCUCGAUGGGCACCGCGCUGGUCCAGGCCCUGCGCCAGCCGCUCACCCAUCACGUGCAGAAGUACGCGCUCCUCCUGCUGAGCCUGCGGGACACCAUCGGGGAGUGUCACCCCGCCCGGGAGCUGGUGGUGCACGCGGCCACCCUCUUUGGGGACCUCCAGUCCUUCAUGAAGCAGGCGCUGGACCAGGCCGAGGCCACGCAGGCCCUCUGGCACACCCUGAGCAGCCGGCUGCGGGAUGCCCUCUGCACCCCUGCUCGCCGCCUCUUGCAAGACAGCCAGGACAUCCCGGUGACAGUCACCCCGCUGCGGGCAGAGCGGGCGCUGCUCUUUGAUGACGUCCUCGUCCUUCUGCAGGGUCACAGUGUCCACACCUUUGACCUGAAGCUGGUGUGGGUGGAUCCUGAGCAGGACGGGUGCGCGGUCCACCUGCUCACUCCGGAGGAAGAGUUCUUUUUUGGCUCCAAGAGCCCCCAGGACCUGGUGCGUGUGGGUGAACUAUGAACUGGGGGGUGGGGC